AUGUCACCCAGAGACGCGACAGCAAACAACGGGGAGAGGAUACGUGCCGCGAAGGCUUGCAAACCCUGCAAUGGGAGGAGGAUCAGAUGCGAUGCCGUGGUUCGGGGCACCCCGUGCAGCAACUGUAUCCAGCGCAACGACACGGGGUGCUUCUUUCCCACCACUUCGAAGAGAGGACUGUAUGCACGAGCAGGGAGUCGGGGCGGCAAGGCUCUCUCCAAAAGAUCCAAGGGCGGUCGGCGCAGGGCCCAGCAAGCGUCUGAAGAUGUGCCCCCCGAGGAGGCCUCUCCGGUAGAGGUAAACCCGACAGACUUCGAAGAAGAAGAAGCAGCAGCAGCAGCACCGGAUAGUGUUGAGAGUCUUGCAGAGCCCCUUUGGGAUAGUCAGUCUCUCCUGGCGCCUUCUGCUCGUUCCACCACCGGCUCGACGCUUGCAGAGUCGAAUACCGUCGCUUCUUACCGCCAGGACGCCCAGUGGUAUUCGCAUUUCGGCAAUUUUGUCGACAGCCAUCGACAACCUCGACCCGGGCCCCUCAACAAGCGCUCCAUCACCUACCUGGGCGAAACGUUGCCUCUGGCUCUGGUCCUGCAGGAUCUCAAGGGAGGAGUAGGAGGCAGCAAACCGCGACUGCACUAUUCUGGUCCUGCUGCGGCGGCUGGAGAGGCAGAAGGACGUUCACCGGACGAGCAACAGCAGGAACAACAGCCUCCUCCUCAGAAUCACCGGCAUCAGCAUCCCAGCCAUUUAGCGCCUGAGGAUAUCGCCUUUCUCGAGGCUAAGCACGCGUUCACGUACCCGGCCCCUGACGUCCUGGACUCCCUCAUCUCUGUCUUCCUGGAGCGAGUGGUGCCCAUGUACCCCGUGGUCAACCAGCAGGAGUUCCUGCAGCAGUAUAAAUCGGCCAAGCUCCCGUGUCUUCUCAACCACGCCGUCUGCGUGUCGGCCGCUACCUUCUGUCCGAUCGCGGAUCUGGUUCGCGCGGGCUUCCCGGAUCGGCGCCAGGCCAAAUCGACCAUGUUCAAGAAGGCCAAGGCCCUGCUCGAUACGGGCUACGAAGAGAGCAACAUUGUCAUCAUCCAGAGCCUGAUCCUGCUGACCUUCUGCGGCGGAGGCCCCAAUAGUCUGUCGAAUUACCAAGCUCUACUGAGUAUGGCAGUGACCAUGGCGGAGAAUCUGGGCAUCCAUCGAUCCUUGGAGCGUGUCAACAUGAACCCCCAGGACCGGAGCUUGCUCAAGCGACUCUGGUGGACGCUGACGAUCCGUGAUGCUGCCUGCUGCACCAUCACCGGUCGGCCCUUUCGCAUCGAGAUCAGUCACUCGGAUGCGGAAAUGCUGACCUUGGAUGAUUUUGCCCACGACGACGGCCAGCGGCAGAACGUGUAUCCCGCAUAUCAGAUCGCCAUCUCGAAGCUGUCUCUGAUCCUGCGGGAGAUCGUGUCUCAACGAUGGGACCCCGGUCGACGGAAAUCGCCCAAGGAAGACCCGAUUGCCCUGUUGACGGACUGGCGACGCAACCUCCCUCCAGAAGUCAGCUUCACCGACAGGGACACCGACCAGCCCGACCCCUUGAUCUGCUCGCUGGCCAUCUGCUAUCACCACCACCGGAUCCUGAGCCAUCUGGAAGCCAUCACCCGGGUUUUCGACGACCACAACCACGGCCACGACGACGGGGAGGACGGCGACACGGCGAUGCAGAUCGUGGUGACAUCGGCGCACAGAAUCGCCGCGCUGUCCAGUGCCAUCGCCACUCGCUCCAAAGUGCUUCACCUCCCGCACGAGACGUUCCACGGCCUGUGGCUGGCGCAGUUUGUCUUCCUGGCCCAGAUGCGCAGCAAACAGCAACUGGUCGUGCACCUGGGCCGCUCGGCCCUCAGCACCUGCCAGCUGGUUCUCCACGAGGUCCUGGACUCGUGGGAACCCGCACAGGGCAUCAUCCGGCUGUUCAAGGACCUGAUGAAGCGCAUCGACGAGCGAGCAGCUCUCCCGGAUGAUCAUCAUCAUUAUCAUCCGGAGCCGGCGGAGAUGCUCUUCCCCUUCGCGACGACGGGCACCGAUUCCGACUUUGGCGGCCAGGUGGCCGGUGGCACUGGCAGCGGCAGCACGACCAUGACCUUGGGGGGGGAGCUCAUCGUCCCCCCCACCGGCAUUGGCGAAGCCGCAGAUCUCUGGCCGUGCAACUUCAUGUACUCGAUGCCCUUCUUCCACCUGUCUUACGAAGACGGCGGCGGUGGCGGUGGCGAUUUGUUUCGCAACGACGGGCCCGAAUGCCUCGGCCUGGACAAAUUCUAG